AUGUUCAAUUCAUUGAGAGUGGAAUGUGAAGUGGUAGUUAUUGAUCUUCUCGUUGUGUAUGAGUUCCUUGAUGCUUUUCCUGAGGUUAUUAGUGAUUUACCUCCAAAGCGUGAAGUGGAGUUCUCCAUAGAUUUAGUACCUGAUACUAAAACUGUGUCGAUGGUACCGUAUAAAAUGCCCGUGUCAGAGUUGAGCGAGCUGAAGAAACAAUUAGAAGAUUUCUUGGAGAAGAAGUUUGUUAGACCUAUUUUCAGCAAUCAUAAGAGUCUGAAGUAUUUGUUUGAUCAGAAGGAGCUGAAUAUGAGGCAGAUGAGGUGGCUAGCAUUUUUAAAGGACUACGAUUUUGAGUUGAGUUACCAUCCUGGUAAAGCUAAUGUGGUAGCAGAUGCGUUGAGUAUGAAGUCUUUGCAUAUAUCGAUGCUAAUGGAAGGUCAGAAGUUGGAUUUGGGAUUGCUUGAUCAAUUCGUUUUGAUUAAUCAAGGUAAAGAAGUGGAUUUCAUAGUAGACGAGAAUGGGAUUGUGAAGUUUCGAGACAAAGUUUAUGUGUCAGAGUUGCUAGAGAUUAAGAAGAUAAUUCUUGAAGAAGGUCCUAAAAGUGGUUUGAGUGUUCAUCCCGUAGCCACAGAGAUGUAUCAAGAUCUUAAAAAGACGUGUUGGCGGCCAUAUAGACUGAUUGAGUCAGCUCAUUUUGUUUCGAUAAAGAUCAAUUACCCAUUGCAGAAGCUAGUAGAGAUCUAUAUGAGUGAGAUUGUGAAGCCACAUGGUAUUACCUCGAACAUUGUUUCAGAUAGAGAUCUGAGGUUCACGUCAAGGUUUUGGGAGAGUUUGCAAGAAGCCUUGAGAACCAAGUUGAAGUUGAGUUCUGCUUGA